ACCAACCCCAAAAUCAGUCUGCCAACCUGCCCCGCCCACAUUAGGUCAAACUUUUUUGCACAAAUGCUGUUAGCCUGCUAAUAUCAGUCACCUCAGGUUUUCAAACUUCAUUUAAAUUAUAGAUGAGUCCCCUAGCAAUCAAUUAUAAUCUAUCUUUUUUUUUAUAUCCCUAACUAUUACCCUUCUAGGAUGUAUUUAGUGGGAGGUGCAUAUUCUAAGUUUUGACAAAAUUAAAAAAAAGUUGUUCUCACCUAAAGGGUGAUUUUAGUGUUGGAAUUUUGUUGCAGCUCCCUCUAGUAGCCUGGAUAUUAACAGUGUUUCAACCUGCCCCUGUUCCAAACAGCCCUGGUCUCCCCUAUUUUUCUAGGAACUGUAUUUAUCUAGGAAUUUUAUUUUUCUAGGAAUCGUUCAAACUUUGGAUGUACUUGGUCACCCAAUACUCUAUUUUUACCUGUGCACACACUUAUCAACAUAGGAAACCAUUGCACCAAUUAAGUGAAGAUAGAGUCAGAUAACCCUACAUGGGAGCAUCUACGCACAGGCAAGUCAGCAUUUAUGGGUCUCUGUAGUUAUACAGUAAACCUACCCCUCCUUCUAAUGAUCUUAAUGAUCUGUACAGGUCAGCACACUCUCUGACGCUUGAGGCUCCUGUUUUCUGAUGAAGAGAAAACUACAGAAAACUUUCAGACCACAGUUAGAGUGACUGCAGGUGUACAGGGAGAGAAGGACAUACAGCGAACAAGAUAUAUUCAUACUGGAUGAGCAUCAAAUCUGAAGACGGUGAAUAUCCCAUGAAGGACCUUGGUGCAAAGAUGGAGAUCAGAGGAGUGAAUGGACGGUCCUCUAAGCUGCCCAAAACUCUGUCCCACUCCAUUGAGGAGAUCCUGAAGAAACCAUGCAGACUUUCGGAUCCAGGGAUACCAUCACUGACAGACUAUGGAACUACAGAUGUGGAAAAAAAGACGAAUGAUAAAUCUCAGAAACUAAAAAAGUGUACAGGGCAUCAGGUGAGCCACCGACGGAUACGGACAGCCUUCACGCCAGCUCAGCUGGAGGUGCUGGAGAAGGCGUUCCAGGAAACACUGUACCCGGACGUCCACACCAGGGACCAAUUGGCCUCCCGCACACAGCUGUCCGAUGGCAGAGUUCAGAUCUGGUUCCAGAAUCGACGAGCGAAAUGGAGAAAGAGUGAGGCCCAAGUCCACACCAGAAGUGCACCCACAUUACCGUCGGAGCACAUCCUACCUCUGUGUCCUCUCACUGGACCUGGGCACCAGCUGUUCCACCCCCCACAGCAAGUGCAUAAGCACUUCCUGCUUGAGACAUCUCCUCCACCUCUCAUUGGCUCAUCCUUCUGCACCUCACUGAAGUUCUACCCCUGCCGAGCAUCAGGCAUGCUACUCGCUCAGACUCCAUACCGUCCCUUUAUCUCAAAACAUAUAUACAGCUGACAGCUGACAAACCGAUCUCAUCUUCAACCGCAUCUUUGUUUUUGUAUAAUGUGAGUUGUUUGUAAAUAUGGUAAUGCAAUGUAAUAUUUUUUUUUUAGAAUACAAAUAAUAAAUUAGUGUUAUGUAUUGAUUGUAUUUAGUCACACACUGCAUGUAUGAGAUGCUUCAUACAGUAAUUAUCUGAAGAAGCUUUAUAAAGUUACAGUUUAUAUUAAUUUUCUUGCUGAUUCUAGCUGAAAUUCAAUUGAGCUGUAGCUGUUUCUGAACCAAACUCAGUUCCACUAUACUACAUGCAAUUUAGGAUUGAACUUAUUUUUAGAGUAGAAGAUGACAGAUGUGAAAGUAGGCUGUCUGAUCAAUUCUCUUCAGGGCAGUCUAGGAAGUGGUGAUACUGAUUGUAGCUUGGAUGUGGUAACAGGGGUGAAGAUAAGUUCAGUUAGGUGUGUGUGUGUGUGUGUGUGUGUGUGUGUGUGUGUGUGACAAGCCCAGGUAUUACUAAUGACAUUAAGUCUGAUUCUGCUACACUUAAAUUGAACAGAGACUUCAUUAACCAUUACCACACAUUCUGCAAAUAUGUGAGGUGAAGUGUGCAUAAGUAUUCCUCUGUGUGUAUGUAACUGGGUGGAAAUAAUCUCUUCCAUCCCUCUUCUAGACCUGGCACUCAAGUAGUACUUAUUACUGCGCUAACAUGUCAUGUCCUUGUUACACUGUACUUUGGUUGUUUUUGUUUCUGAAGUUUGAUUGUUAUUGUCUUUGAAGUCGCUUUAGAUAAAAGUGUCAGUUAAAUUACAAAAUGAAUGCAAAUAUAAAUAUUUGUCUACAUUUAGUUAAACUCAGGACCUUACAUCUAUUGUAAACUGGCUUGCUAUACACAAAUGUCCCAACUGCAAUUAAUGUUAUCUCAUGUCAGGAUAAGGAUAAUUUUAUUGCUUGUUAUGCUUAUAAGUGGAACAUUUCGUUGAGAUCCCUAAUUAUCGCUGAAUUUUUUUAUUGCCCUUUCAACGAUAUAUUGAAGCCUUAUCUUAAUUUGGCCGAGGUCAUUCUUCGGUCGGCAGGUUACACAUAGGGUAAAUAGUGGAACAGUCAUCCAUAUUCCUGAAAUAGACGGACCUUGUCAGCUAUAACUACUGAUAAUCAGAUGAUUUUCUUCAGACAAACAGGCAUUGGUUUCACCAUAGUAUACUUUUCAGUUCAUAGAUGCGUUCAGUUCAUAGAUUGAGUUCUUCAAUAAUCUUCAGUAAGGCAAAUACCGAGAAUGUAUACACGAAAUAAGAGGGUAUGCAUGGUAGCCCUUUCCCAAAAAAUCUUUUACCGUUUAUUAAACAUAGUCUGCCUUUGCUUUUAAUGUAGUAUGUUAUCUCGAUGUAGGCUAACGUAUUCCUCAUAGUGUGUGGUAGUUGUGAUUGCAGUUGUGUUACCCUGUCAUGGUUGCUGACAUUAUAUCUUAGCUAACAGAAAACUUAAAAUGGAGAGCCAAAUGCACACAGAAUUGAAAAGAGAAAACAAAAAAACAUAAUUCUCCUUCUACUUAUGCAAUCAGAGUCCUGCAAUUUAAGUUUAGAAUUAUCUUAUUGGGUGAAUACUUCAGAAAUAUAUUGUCAACCUUUACUGUGUUGAGUCAAUGGUUUCAAGACUACCUCUCUGAUAGAACACAGUGUAUAGAUGUGUAAGGGUGUAGAUAAGAAGGUUGGGCUAAUGGUAAAAGGUAGUUUGGAGUUGAGGAGUUGGACAGCCACAGGCACAAAGGUUGCCUGCCUCCUCUUUGUUCUGCUGCACAGGCUGCAGAGUCAUCAUCUGAGGGAGAGGCAUUUAAAGGAAUGGAACAGGGCAUGUGAGGGGUCAUAUAAAAUCCUGCCAGCCAGCCUGAUCAUCUGCUGCUAGCACAUAGAAGAAUUAUUCAUUACUUAUGCGCUGUCUGUAGAGCAAGUCAUAUCAAAUCUUCCAUGUGUAUUUGACUGUGUGCAGAAAUACUUGAAAAAUCUGAAAUUGGUUCCUAAUGAAUCAAAACCUAAAUUUAUGAUAUUUACUAGAUCAAGAAAUUCUGAUCUUAGUGUUUAUUUGUUACCUGAAUGGGACCCAAAUUGAGCAAAUUUCUCAUUACAAAUAUCUAAGUGCAUGACACACAUGCUUGAAGUAACAAAGAAGGUGAAAAAUAAAUUAGGAUACAGGAUCAGGACUUGCUUCUCUCUAGAAAACAGAAUGACCAUUGUUCAAUCAUCUAUAACAUCAGGCUAUGGUGAUAUUGUGUGUAAAGGCAGUGCCCUCCACAUUGAAAUUACUAGACGAAGUUUACCACAGCACUCUUCACUUUAUUACUUGGGAUGAUUUUAGAACUUAUCAUUGUAAACUUUACGAGAAUGUGGGAUGGUGGGAAAAACACUGCCUCCUUUUUGUUUAUGACAAGUUAACUUUCUACCUUACUUCUCUUCUAUAAAUUAAAUCAAUUUGUAUUCUCACUCACAGGGAUUUAUAUCCCCUGAACUUCCUCAGAUCAAAUCUGAGUUUGGAAGAUGUGCUUUUCAUUUUUUGCACACAAUAAAUGGAACAAAUUACAAGAGGUAUUCAAAUUAGACCAGUUUGUGUCAGAAGACAAAUGUAAGGGUAUGAUAGACAAUAUGGUUUUACAACUGUUUUAUUUAAGUUUCAAAUUAGAUGUGUUGUUGUUUGUUUGUUAUUUGAUUGUUGUAUGAUUGUGAACUCAGGGGGUUGCUGAAAAAUCUUGCCUGAAUAAACAAUGGUUGAUGAUGA